AUGCCAACCCAACAGACCAAACGGCCGCUUCGCAUCCUAGGAUCUUCUGGAUCGGCCCAGGAUCGCAGAAGGCUGCUUGCGGCAGCUGUGAAAAACCAUAAGAAUGACCCAUUUGAUAUUCUCGUUGGAGACUGGAUGUCUGAAGCCAACAUGACCUUCAACGCUACAAAACAUCACAAAGGACAAGGGAUCGCCUACGAAAAGACAUUUAUUUCUGCCCUCGAAGACGUACUACCUGAGAUAGCUGAGUAUGGCAUCAAGAUUGCAGCGAACGCCGGGUCGUCGGAUACCAAGGGGCUUCAUGACGCCCUCCUUGCCCUUGUGAAGGAAAAGAAUGUACCUCUGAAGAUUGCUUGGGUCGAAGGCGAUCAGGUUUUACCGGCUGUACUAAAAGCGGAAGCGGAGAAGACCUUUGAUUUCCGCCAUCUCUGCACAAACCAGCCUUUGAGCGAAUGGAAACAUGAACCAAUAUCCGCUCAGGCAUAUUUGGGCGGGCUCGGAAUCGCCGAAGCUUUUGCACAAGGCGCCGAUAUCGUCGUUUGUGGUCGAGUCUCAGAUGCAUCUCCCGUUAUUGGAUCUGCGUUUUGGUGGCACGGCUGGGACCGGGAGGACUACGAUCAACUUGCCAACUCCCUCGUGGCCGGACACCUGAUUGAAUGUUCCUCCUAUGUCACCGGCGGCAAUUUUACCGGAUUCAAAGAUCUGGAGCAUCGUGGCUGGCAUAACCUCGGUCUACCAAUUGCCGAAAUUGAUUCUUCUGGCCAGGUUAUUGUCACUAAAACCCGCGGAAGCAACGGCUUGGUCUCGAUCAAUACCUGCAAGUCGCAACUACUGUAUGAGAUUCAGGGUCCGCGCUACUAUAACUCUGAUGUCACGGCAUAUAUAGACGGAGUCAAGUUUGAGGAAACUGGGCCUGACCGGGUGCUUCUCUCCGGAAUCCAUGGUGGUCCACCCCCUGCCACCACUAAAGUCGGAAUCACAGCUAAGGAAGCGUAUCAUGCCGAGAUGAUCUUCUGGCUGGUGGGGCUCGAUAUUGAAGCUAAAGCGAGGAUGCUUAAGGCACAAAUCCGGGAGGAACUGGGUCACCGGGUGAAGAAUCUCAGCUCGCUUGAAUUCACUUUGAAUGGUGUGGCAGCAGAAGACCCUCAAGAUCAACCAUCUGCCACUGUAUGCUUCCGCGUCGUUGCUCAGGCAUCUGAAAAGGUUCAUCUCGAACCUGCCAACUUCUUGGAACCCAUCCUCGAGACCACCAUGGAGCUGUACCCGGGUGGAACAUUCCACAUGGACGUGCGGACUGCUCUCCCCAGGGAGACCCAUGAGUAUUUCGUGACCAAGCUCCCUCAAUCACUUAUCAAUCACCGUAUCCAUCUCCAUGAUGGACGGACAAUUGACAUUGCGCCGCCAUCAGCGGUAGAGAGAGAAAUUGCGGUCCCCUCAAAACCAUCCCCGCGUGUCGAUGUUGGCAGCUUUGGUGCAACUACACGAGGACCCUUGGGCUGGAUAGUUCAUUCUCGCUCCGGAGACAAAGGCUCCAAUGCAAAUGUCGGAUUCUAUGUUUGCCAUGAUGAUGAAUACGAGUGGCUUUGCGCGCUUCUAACCGUCGAAAAGAUCCAAAAACUUCUAGCAAAAGAAUACAACGGCGGAAGAAUCGAACGAUUUGAAUUGCCUAAUAUUGGAGCUGUGCACUUUCUGCUUUAUGACCAUCUUGACCGUGGAGUUAGCUGUACUAAGACGCUUGACUUCCUCGGGAAGAAUGUUGGUGAGUAUUUGAGAUCCAAGUUUGUUGAUAUUCCAGUCGCUUUCUUAGAGCGUGGGGAAAUCUGA